UCCCCCGCCUCCCGCAGGACCGGCCCGGGCCCCGCGCCGCGGUCGGCCGCCCGCAAGAGCCUGGCCCUGCCCGCCGCCAUCGGGGCCCCGGGGCUGCUGUCGCCGAUGGGACGCCGGGGCUCGCUCGGCGCCCGAGGCACCCCCACGAGAACCGGACAGCACCAGUCAGCCAGCGAGACGACCAAUUAUGACAUAAAGACGUUUGGCUCCUCCCUCCCCGUGAAAGUUAUGGAAGCCCUGGCGUUGGCCGAAGUUGAUGACCAGCUGACGGCGUGCGUCGACGAGAGUGGCUGGGCCUGGCUCGUGUGCAGAGAGCGACUCAUCGUCUGGAAGAUCGGUCAGUCUUCGGUGGCGAAGCUCUCGGUUUGCAAAGAACUCCAGCUCCCGCCCACCGAUCUGGACUGGAAUGCCGAUCUGGUGGCCCUCUCCUGCCCCGCCCAGCCGGGGGAAGCCCCCUCUGCCCAGUCUGUGGCCGUGAUGGCUGCCACCCGAGAAGGAGCCGUUCGCUACUGGCCCAGCCUCGUGCACGAGGGUUCCUUCACGGAGACCGUCAUCGACUUGGGAGGGGCUGACCGGACCUGCAGCUUUCUGACGGCAGUGAAGGGAGGAAGCUUCGUCCUGGCCACGUCAGGGAGCCAGCUCUUCCGUCUGCUUCCCGAGGGCUCUGGCAAGAUUCCCCACCAUGCCCUCCCGCAGGGCCAGGGCGUGCUUUCCGGGAUUGGCAGGAGGGUCUCCUCUCUCCUGGGGAUCCUGUCUCCCAGCAGCGAAAUCAUGCUCUCCAGUGUCCUCUGGGACCGAGAGCACGAGGUUCUUUACACCCUCACUAGCUCCAACAUCAACAAGUGGGAAAUGGAUGAUUCCUCCGAAAGGCAGGCUCUCAGCUGGGACAUAAACCGAGCCCUGAAGGAGAACAUUGCAGAUGCCAUCUGGGGAUCGGAAAGCAACUAUGAAGGAAUUAAAGGUGGCAUAAACGUGGAGUAUUUGGAUUUGCAGCAGACAUGCGACGGCUUGGUGAUCCUGGCCGUGGCCUGGCACCCCGGGGACAGCCCGUGUCUCAUGUACUACACCCUGGUGACGGUGGAAGACGCCGGCUACCAGAUGGCUGAUGAGGUCACCGUGGAGGUCACUCAGUUCAACCCGCCCUUCCAGGGUGAAGAGUCGGCAGUGUGCCGGCUGGUGGUACCCGACGCUUCAGCCCAGGGGGCUUUUCUCUACACGGAGAACGCGGUCUUCGCCUGCUCCACUGGCACUGGAAGAAGUUCUCUGCCUCAGGAGAAAAUCCUCUUUGAGGCUCAAGGUGAUGGAAUUUUGGGAGCAGGAUCCUGUGCUGGCCUGCCCGUGUUCUUCUCCAGAAACAAUGGGCUGGUGUCCAUCCUUUCCCGGGAGAGCAUGUCCGUGUUGCCGGAGGAUGUGGAGGACUCCAUCGCCUCUUCCGUCGCUGGCCCACACCCUGAGCCUUCGCUCUUGGAUUCCACCGCAAAGAUAGAUGCAGUCUCCCAAGAAGAUAAGACCAAGUUGCUAAAGGCGGCUUUCCUCCAGUACUGCAGGAAAGAUCUUGGACAAGCCCAGAGCAUGGUGGACGAGCUGUUCUCCCCCGAAGCCGACUCCGAGACUGAAGUCGACAGGGCCGUGACCCAGAUCAGCGUGGACCUAGUGGACGACUACCCGGCGUCUGACCCCCGAUGGGCUGAGUCGGUCCCCGAGGAAGCAGCUGGGUUCAGCAACACCUCUCUCAUUCUUCUGCACCAGCUGGAAGACAAGAUGAAGGCCCACUCCUUCCUCGUGGACUUUAUCCACCAAGUGGGCCUGUUUGAGCGCCUGGGCACCUUUCCAGUGAGAGGGGCGCCCAUGGCCACGCGGCUGCUGCUCUGUGAACACGCGGAAAAGCUGGCCGCGGCCAUCGUGCUCAAGAACCACCACUCCCGCCUCCCGGACUUGGUCAACACGGCCCUGCUGAUCGCUCUCAACAAAAGGGAAUGUGACGUCCCGCCCAGCCUGACUCCCGCGGACGUCUUCUUUAGAGAGGUGUCCCAGGUAGACACCAUCUUUGAAUGCCUCCUGGAAGAGGAAGAGCGAGUGCUCAAGGAAACGCCCAUGGAAUGUGCAGAGUGGGCCCAGCUGGUGGUCAGCGUGAACAGCAUCCUCAAGGAUAUGCUCCACGCAGCCAGCCAGUAUCGCCACAGUCGGAAUUCCUUGUACACGGGGGACGAGCUGGCCGACAAAGAACCCGAGUAUAUCCCGUGGACAGCGUCCAGUGGCCCCGCUGGGGUCCGCACAGCAAUAAUCCGCCAGCACGAGAUUGUCCUGAAGGGCGUUUAUCCGCAGGUGGACAGCAGCCUGCGUGGCGUGCUGACCGAGCAGCUGGUGGCCCUGAUAGACUCCGUCCUGGACGGCUACGUCACCCAGCUCAAGUCUGUGGAUGGGCCCGGCAACCGGGAGCGAUACAGCACUCUGGAAAUGGAGUAUACUCAGAGACGGUCGGAUCUCUUGUCUCCUCUGCUUCACCUGGGGCAGCAUCAGUGGGCCGCGUCUCUGGCUGAGAAGUACUGUGACUUCGAUAUCUUGGUCCAGCUGUGUGAACAGACCGACAACCAGACCAGAUUGCAGCGUUACAUGACCCAGUUUGCUGACCAGAAUUUUUCAGAUUUCCUCUUCCGCUGGUACCUGGAGAAAGGCAAGCGAGGCAAGCUGUUGUCUCAGCCGGUCGCACAGCACGGACAGCUGGCAAGCUUCCUGCAGGCCCACGACCAUCUGAGCUGGCUCCAUGAAAUCCACAGUCAGGACCUGGAAAAGGCCCACGCGACACUUCAGGGUCUGGCCAACGCGGAGACACGCUACUUUGCGAAGAAGAAGACCCUCCUCGGUCUGAGCAAGCUAGUGGCCUUGGCCUCUGACUUCCCGGAGGACGUUCUGCAGGAAAAGAUAGAAGAGAUGUGCGAGCAGGAACGCUUCCUGCUCCACCAGGAGACCCUCCCCGAGCAGCUCCUGGCAGAGAAGCAGAUGACCCUCAACAUGAUGCCCGUCCUCACUGCCCCCCAGCUCAUCGGCCUGUACAUAUGUGACGAGAAUACAAGAGCCAAUGAAUAUGACUUCAAAAAAGCCCUAGACCUGCUGGAGUACAUCAAUGAGGAAGAAGACGUGGACAUCAAUGACCUGAAGCUGAAAAUCCUGUGCCGAGCUCUUCAGAGAGACACCUGGUCGAGUGCAGAGGGGAAGGAUGAUCCCAUCGAAGCGUCAAAAGACAGCAUAUUUGUGAAAAUCCUACAGAAGCUCGUCAAAGAAGGGAUCCGACUCAGCGACUAUUUACCAGAGGUGAAAGACCUGUUGCAGGCGGACGAACUUGGAAACCUCAAGUCCAACCCUUAUUUUGAAUUUGCACUGAAGGCAAAUUAUGAACUCUAUGUCCAAGGGCAGAUGUGACCUUUAUGCGUCCGAAAGCCAUCUUGGAAAAAAUGGAAUCGAUAUUUUUUUAAAAUGUAUAACGAUGAACCUGACAGGUGGUUGUUGUCUUUGCGGUCAGGGGUGGUAUUUUGUCUGGAGAAAUUAACCUCAGAAUCCUCGUGUGCCAUUGAAA